AUGUGCUUCUGCCCUAGCAGAGGAGCUCUUCGACUUGCAGCAGUUGGUGCCCCCCGGUGGGUGCCAGUGUGUUCUGAACACCGGCUCCGGCGCAGCAUUCUUGCUCCAUGCCCAAUUUCUCCCUACUUCAAGCCCUCUGGCUGCAAAGAAUUUGGAAGCAGACAUUCUGGGGAAAGUGGCUGUGACUGCAGCUCAACUUCGGCAGCUCGGAUUGUCCGAGUCCAGCCCCGAGCUGCUGCUGUUGCUGCCGCGUUGUGGUGCUGCCGGCGUCUGUUCUCACGAGGUUUGCCGCUGAGCUGCGACCGCCGCCGUGGCCGGAUCCCCUGUGCGGACAGUGAGAGUGUCUUGUGGGACGUGCCCGCCACAGCCUGCGCAGCCACUGGGGUGUGCUGGAAGGAUUUGCGAGGCUGUGCACUCCCUCUUUCCGGGAGUUUUCCGCUACAGAUAAGGCACCACCGUCUUCCUGUGGUCUCCACCUUUACAGCCGCCAGGGCUGUGGGCGAGAAGCUGACGUCAGCCUUGCUGUGGCCCUCCUGGGGGACGCCAAUGCAGGUAACGCUCGGCUGCUGCGCGUCCGCGGGGCUGGGCAGAGUACACAAGAUGGACCGUUUCUCCUCUGGGGCACCGUGCAGACGGACACUGUCUACGGUGAAGCCGGAUUCUUUCUGUGGAUUCUGAUCACAGCUCCCAUCUCGCUUCCCAUCACCCGUUCUCCAGCCUGCAGUUCAUGAUGUUUUUCCAGAAACCCACCGAUCCCAUCAGACAUUUGAAAGUCGCACCAGUUUUGAGUCGCCGCUGGGACGAAGCGCAAAGCCGACUGGAGGUUUACAGGCCCUGCACUGCGCAGGCGCUGCCUCGGGCCUGUCUGCCGCCCCUUCUGUGUGUUCUGCGUCAUACCUCCUGUGCCUCCUGCCGCCUCCAAAAGUGCUACUUUUUCUGGAAAUCUUUCCUUCAGCAAAUUUUCGCCUUUACUAUAUGGCCAGG